UGGAAUUCUGAGGUGGGACAUCAGAGCUCGGAAGGUGGCCCGUGGGACUUCGAAAAACCAAGCCACAAAUAGUUAACCAGCCACUUUGAGGCACCAACUUCUGUUCAAGGUUCUGGCUCGGCCAAGUCCGGCAACAUCCAUUCUCAUCUUCAAUUUUAGUGUCGCAAGUUGAACCGAGUUUCUAAUUCUCAGUGUCUUUACACACUUCAAUCAAACAUACCUCACGUCAAUCGAUAUCGUCAUUUACGAUGCGUCCUACUCAGAUUCUCCGAUCUGGCGGCGACGCCCCUGUUGGCCGACACGGAAAAUUCCUAGGUGGCUGGGGCGCUUUCGGUGGCAUGCCGCAAAAGGGAAUUAUCACCUACACUCUCAGCUCCAACAAGCAGAACCCGAUCGCCGGUGCCUUUCACGACGCCAUCUUCAACACAUGGCGACGAUUCGGCUCUCAAGUCCUCUACAUUGCGCCCCCCAUGAUUUUCUUCUACUACGCCAUGGACUGGGCUAUCCACAGAAACCACCACCUUAACUCCAAGCAUGGCCGCGCCGAGGCCAGCGACGAAUAAAGGGACACACGCGGAUUAUACAUAGAUAUAUUUGGGGUUGGCCGAGCUGCCGUGUAGACAAAAUGCAAAACGCUGUAUACCUAUGAAUAGACUGGCGAGCAAGCAUGGACAUUGAACCUUUCUUGAUCCGAGAUGGACGAGCGUGUUGCUUAUUCCGAUUAUGCAUGUCUUUAUGUGACAGUCUUUUUAUGAACCUCGAGGGUGUAGCCAGUGAAGGAGUAUGCGUAUCGUAUGAUCUAAUAGCACCUACAUACCUCAGUCUAGCCUUCAUGUAUUAUCCAGACGGAGAGUACACCAUACAUACAUAUUCGAUGAGAUUAUGUAAGCACUAUAAAGUUUAGUAUAAACUCGUAUCUUUAGUCGACAUGUACC